AUGAGCUUUUCCCUCCCCUCCGUUUUCUUCACCCUAAAGGUGAGCAUCUUUCUGGGCUCCCUCGUUGGGCUCUGCCUGGGUCUGGAGUUCAUGGGCCUCCCCAACCAGUGGGCCCGCUACCUACGCUGGGACGCUAGCACGCGCAGUGACCUGAGCUUCCAGUUCAAGACCAACGUGUCCACGGGGCUGCUCCUCUAUUUGGAUGAUGGUGGUGUCUGUGACUUCCUCUGCCUCUCCCUGGUGGAUGGCCGAGUUCAGCUCCGCUUUAGCAUGGACUGCGCUGAGACCGCUGUGUUGUCCAACAAGCAGGUGAACGACAGCAGCUGGCACUUCCUCAUGGUGAGCCGUGACCGCCUACGCACUGGGCUGGUGAUUGACGGCGAGGGCCAGUCUGGGGAGCUCCAGCCUCAGCGGCCCUACAUGGAUGUGGUCAGUGACUUGUUCCUCGGUGGCGUCCCUGCUGACAUCCGGCCUUCUGCCCUGACCCUCGAUGGAGUACAGAACAUGCCCGGCUUUAAGGGAUUAAUGCUGGAUCUCAAGUAUGGCAACUCGGAGCCUCGGCUUCUGGGGAGCCAGGGUGUCCAGUUAGAAGCAGAGGGACCCUGUGGCGAGCGUCCCUGUGAAAAUGGUGGGAUCUGUUUCCUCCUGGAUGGCCAUCCCACUUGUGACUGUUCCACCACCGGCUAUGGUGGCACACUCUGCUCCGAAGAUGUCAGUCAAGGUCCAGGCCUUUCCCAUCUUAUGAUGAGUGAACAAGCUCGAGAGGAGAACGUGGCCACUUUCCGAGGCUCAGAGUAUCUGUGCUAUGACCUGUCUCAGAACCCCAUCCAGAGCAGCAGCGAUGAAAUCACCCUCUCCUUUAAGACCUGGCAACGCAAUGGGCUCAUCCUACAUACGGGCAAGUCGGCCGACUAUGUUAACCUAGCUCUGAAGGAUGGUGCGGUCUCCUUGGUCAUUAACCUGGGCUCCGGGGCCUUUGAGGCUAUUGUGGAGCCCGUGAAUGGGAAGUUCAACGACAACGCCUGGCAUGAUGUCAAAGUGACACGCAAUCUCCGGCAGGUGACAAUCUCUGUGGAUGGUAUCCUUACCACAACGGGCUACACUCAAGAGGACUACACCAUGUUGGGCUCAGAUGACUUCUUCUAUGUUGGUGGAAGCCCCAGCACCGCUGACUUGCCAGGAUCACCUGUGAGCAACAACUUCAUGGGCUGCCUUAAGGAGGUUGUUUAUAAGAAUAAUGACAUCCGUCUGGAGCUGUCUCGCUUGGCCCGGAUUGGGGACACCAAGAUGAAAAUCUAUGGUGAAGUUGUAUUCAAAUGUGAGAAUGUGGCCACACUGGACCCCAUCAACUUUGAGACCCCAGAGGCUUACAUCAGCUUGCCCAAGUGGAACACCAAACGUAUGGGCUCCAUCUCCUUUGACUUUCGUACCACUGAGCCCAAUGGCCUGAUCCUCUUCACUCAUGGGAAGCCCCAAGAAAGAAAAGAUGUCCGGAGCCAAAAGAACACAAAAGUUGACUUCUUUGCUGUAGAACUUCUUGAUGGCAACCUGUAUUUGCUGCUUGAUAUGGGCUCAGGCACCAUCAAAGUGAAGGCCACUCAGAAGAAAGCCAAUGAUGGGGAAUGGUACCACGUGGACAUUCAGCGUGAUGGCAGAUCAGGUACCAUAUCUGUGAACAGCAGACGCACGCCAUUCACCGCCAGUGGUGAGAGUGAAAUCUUGGACCUGGAGGGGGACAUGUAUCUGGGCGGACUGCCAGAGAACCGAGCUGGCCUCAUUCUCCCCACGGAACUCUGGACUGCCAUGCUCAACUACGGCUAUGUGGGCUGCAUCCGUGACCUGUUCAUUGAUGGGCGCAGCAAGAACAUCCGGCAGCUGGCGGAGAUGCAGAAUGCAGCAGGCGUCAAGUCCUCCUGUUCACGCAUGAGCGCCAAGCAGUGUGACAGCUACCCCUGCAAGAACAAUGCGGUGUGCAAGGACGGCUGGAACCGCUUCAUCUGCGACUGCACUGGCACCGGCUACUGGGGAAGAACCUGUGAAAGAGAGGCAUCCAUCCUGAGCUAUGACGGCAGUAUGUACAUGAAGGUCAUCAUGCCCAUGGUGAUGCAUACGGAAGCAGAGGAUGUGUCCUUCCGCUUCAUGUCACAACGAGCCUAUGGGCUGCUGGUGGCCACGACAUCCAGGGACUCUGCAGAUACACUGCGUCUAGAGUUGGAUGGUGGGCGUGUCAAGCUCAUGGUUAACUUAGACUGUAUCAGGAUAAACUGUAACUCCAGCAAAGGACCUGAGACCCUGUAUGCAGGGCAGAAGCUCAACGACAAUGAGUGGCACACUGUCCGGGUAGUGCGGAGAGGAAAAAGCCUUAAGUUGACAGUGGAUGAUGACGUGGCUGAGGGUACGAUGGUGGGAGACCACACCCGCCUGGAGUUCCAUAAUAUUGAAACUGGUAUCAUGACUGAGAAGCGUUACAUCUCUGUGGUCCCUUCCAGUUUCAUUGGUCACCUUCAGAGCCUCAUGUUCAAUGGCUUGCUCUACAUUGAUUUGUGUAAAAAUGGGGACAUUGACUACUGUGAACUGAAGGCUCGUUUUGGACUGAGGAACAUCAUCGCUGACCCUGUCACUUUCAAGACCAAGAGCAGCUACCUGACCCUUGCCACCCUCCAGGCUUACACAUCCAUGCACCUCUUUUUCCAGUUCAAGACCACUUCAGCUGAUGGCUUCAUUCUCUUCAAUAGUGGUGAUGGCAAUGAUUUUAUUGCAGUUGAGCUGGUCAAGGGGUAUAUACACUAUGUGUUUGAUCUUGGUAAUGGUCCCAAUGUGAUCAAAGGCAACAGUGACCGUCCCCUGAAUGACAACCAGUGGCACAAUGUCGUCAUCACUCGGGACAACAGUAAUACCCACAGCCUGAAAGUGGACACCAAGGUAGUCACUCAGGUCAUCAAUGGUGCCAAAAAUCUGGAUUUGAAAGGUGAUCUCUACAUGGCUGGCUUAGCUCAGGGCAUGUACAGCAACCUCCCAAAACUUGUGGCCUCCCGGGAUGGAUUUCAGGGCUGUCUAGCCUCUGUAGACUUGAAUGGACGCCUGCCUGAUCUCAUCAACGAUGCUCUCCACAGGAGUGGACAGAUCGAGCGGGGCUGUGAAGUUGCGUUGACCAAAGCUGACCUGCAAGGACCCAGUACAACCUGUCAGGAGGAUUCAUGUGCCAACCAAGGGGUUUGCAUGCAACAGUGGGAAGGCUUCACCUGCGACUGUUCUAUGACAUCAUAUUCGGGAAACCAGUGCAAUGACCCUGGUGCCACAUACAUCUUUGGGAAGAGUGGUGGCCUCAUCCUCUACACCUGGCCAGCGAACGACCGACCUAGCACACGCUCUGACCGCCUGGCUGUGGGCUUCAGCACCACUGUGAAGGAUGGCAUCUUAGUACGAAUUGACAGUGCCCCAGGACUUGGUGACUUCCUCCAGCUUCACAUCGAACAAGGGAAAAUUGGAGUUGUCUUCAAUAUUGGCACAGUUGACAUCUCCAUCAAAGAAGAGAGAACCCCCGUCAAUGAUGGCAAAUACCACGUGGUGCGCUUUACCAGGAAUGGGGGCAAUGCCACACUUCAGGUGGACAACUGGCCAGUGAAUGAACACUACCCUACAGGCAACACUGAUAAUGAACGCCUCCAAAUGGUAAAACAGAAAAUCCCCUUCAAAUAUAACCGGCCUGUAGAGGAGUGGCUGCAGGAAAAAGGCCGGCAGUUAACCAUCUUCAACACCCAGGCUCAAAUAGCCAUUGGAGGAAAGGACAAAGGACGCCUCUUCCAAGGCCAACUCUCUGGGCUCUAUUAUGAUGGUUUGAAAGUACUGAACAUGGCAGCUGAGAACAACCCUAAUAUUAAAAUCAAUGGAAGUGUUCGGCUAGUGGGAGAAGUCCCAUCAGUCUCGGGAACAACACAGACGACCUCCAUGCCACCUGAAAUGUCUACCACUGUCAUGGAAACCACUACCACUAUGGCUACUACCACCACCCGCAAGAAUCGCUCUACAGCCAGCAUUCAGCCAACAUCAGAUGACCUUGUUUCAUCUGCUGAAUGUUCAAGUGAUGAUGAAGACUUUGUUGAAUGUGAACCAAGUACAGAUAAGAGUCUUUCCACUUCAAUCUUCGAAGGUGGCUACAAAGCACAUGCGCCCAAGUGGGAAUCCAAGGACUUUAGACCUAACAAAGUCUCGGAAACUAGUAGAACUACAACCACAUCUUUGUCCCCUGAGCUGAUCCGCUUCACAGCGUCCUCCUCGUCUGGGAUGGUGCCCAAAUUGCCAGCUGGCAAAAUGAAUAACCGUGAUCUCAAACCCCAGCCUGAUAUAGUCUUGCUUCCGUUGCCCACUGCCUAUGAGCUAGACAGCACCAAACUGAAGAGCCCACUAAUUACUUCCCCCAUGUUCCGUAAUGUGCCCACAGCAAACCCCACGGAGCCAGGAAUCAGACGGGUUCCGGGGGCCUCAGAGGUGAUCCGGGAGUCCAGCAGUACAACAGGGAUGGUCGUCGGCAUUGUGGCUGCUGCCGCCCUCUGCAUCUUGAUCCUCCUGUAUGCCAUGUACAAGUACAGGAACAGGGACGAGGGGUCCUAUCAAGUGGAUGAGACGAGGAACUACAUCAGCAACUCGGCCCAGAGCAACGGCACGCUCAUGAAGGAGAAACAAGCCAGCUCCAAGAGCGGCCAUAAGAAACAGAAAAACAAGGACAAGGAGUAUUAUGUGUAAACAUAACACCUAUCGUAUGUGAAUUUAAAACAAUUAUUUAUAUACACACACCCGAGUACUUUGAGAAGGAGAUUUAACUUGAUGGAUGUGUUCUGUAAGACGGGGUAUACCACGACUAUGGUGGGGAAAGCCAUUUUUAAAAGGACACAUACGAUGGUGUAUCUCGCUAUAAAGUUCAGCCAUGCUGCAAGGUUGCAGCCAUGGCCCGAAGACAGAAAGUUCUCUCUGCCCUGCUGUAUAAUAAAGCACACAUUUAGCACC